AUGAAAGACCUUCAAAGCCCAUCAUUUCGUAGCAAAGAAAAUCCUGAUGGAAGCAUCGCUCUUUAUUACCUGAGUAGUCAUACUGGAUUAUAUCCGUUUGUAUUAGGUGCUUUAACCGUCAUAGCGCAAAGAAUUUUCAGCCUGAAUAUCAACCUGAGCAUUAUCAACAAAGCUGAACAACUUGUAGGAAUGACCGACCACCAAAGGACUGGUGAAUAUGUAACAUUUCGAAUCGAGAUUGUUGAGCGCGAGGCCGAUGCAAGUCAUGCUCUUUCGACCGCAGACUCAUCAACACUAGAAAACUUUAGCAACGAAUUAAAAAUGAACGCAGCCGAUUUCUGCAUAGCCCUACCUUACCACAUCAUCAUGGACGAACAAUGCUGUAUCGUACAAGUAGGAAAUGCUUUGAAAGAUCAUAUCUCGCAUGAACUCUUGGCUCUUGGUACACCAGUCACAAAAAUAUUCGAAAUUAAAUGGCCACAAAUUCCGUUUGACUACAAAAACAUAUGCAAUUCCAUCAAUGCUGUUUUUGUGCUGCAAGCUAUAGAGUCCUUGGAAGAAAAAGUCCGGAUGCAAAUGAAGGAAAAGGAGAUAACACACGGCUUUGUAAUGAAGUUCCGCAAAAAUUUUAGUUAUCACUUGCAACUCAAAGGGCAAAUGAUGCUGCUUUCUGAUGGCGAUAAACUAAUCUACAUUUGCUCACCCCACAUUAUUUCCUUGUACGAACUAGCAAAAACGAGCAUGAAAAUAGCUGAGAUCCCUGUACAUGACACCACCAGAAGCCUAGUUCUUCUUCGUGAAUUUCUUACGGACGUGGAUAUGCACCGUCAACUUGAAGCAAACGACGAACAAAUAGAAGUUCUAGAGGACGAGCUCAAGGCGCAAGACCAUAAAUUAGGUAUGGCCCUACGUAAAGUGCUACCAGAAACACUUGCUGUCAACAUAAUGGAAGGAGAGUUUAUUGAAGCGCGGGAAUACGAAGAAGCGACCGUAAUGUUUGCUGAUAUUCCACAUUUCCAAGAAAUUCUGUCAAUUUCUCAUUCCAAGGAUGUAGUACAUCUUCUUGAAGAGUUAUUUCAUCGAUUUGACCGCUUAGUUGGAAUUCACAAUGUGUAUAAAAUCGACACUGUUGGAGAUAAUUUUAUGACAGUGGCUGGAAUCCCGGACGAGUUUCCCGAACAUGCCGAGAUGAUGUGUUACACGGCGAUUGGUAUGCUGUGGGAAGCACGAUCGGUGCUCGAACCCGUUAGCAAGAAACCCAUCCAAGUCCGAAUUGCUAUACAUUCGGGACCACUGGUGGCCGGCGUGAUCGCUUCGGAAACACCCAAGUUCUGCGUGUUUGGCGAAACAAUGCAUUUGGAGUCUGCUCUACUUACAUACGGCAUACCCGGUAAAAUCCUUUGCAGUGAAAAGACCUAUUCCUGCGCUAUGCAGACUGGAAGAUUCGAAUUUACUCCACAAGGAAAGCUGCGCUUCAAGGGCAAGGCUUCGCUGGACACCUACGUAUUGCUGAGGAGCGCGAAGAAGAGUGUAUGGGAAAUAGUGGGCAGAGAACGAAAUAUUCACAAGAACACCAUUGAAGGAUAUGAAGAGCUGGAGACAGGCGCGGAUUUCGCAAAGAAUCAGCACAGCAUUGUUCAUCCGUUGCCAGCAGCAGACACGUCUGCAGCGUGCAGCAUUUCGUGA